UAACCAGCCAGCGCCAGCAGAAGUGAGAACGCUGGGAAGGGCGAGGAGAAACGCUUUUCUCGUUCGCUUCAGCUCGUACGCAUCAUGGCGACUCCUGCCCAACAGCCUCUUCAGCAUAGCGGUGGGAAGCGCAAAGGGAAGGCGCAGUAUGUUCAGGCCAAGCGGACUCGGCGCUGCGACGCCGGGGGUCCCCGACAGUUGGAGCCUGGGCUACAGGGCAUCCUUAUUACCUGCAACAUGAACGAGCGCAAGUGCGUAGAAGAGGCUUACAGCCUGCUCAACGAAUACGGCGACGACAUGUAUGGGCCAGAAAAGUUUACAGAGAUGGAGCAACAGCCCUCUGGAAGUGAGGAAGAAGAUGAUGUGGAGGCUGCCUUGAAGAAAGAAGUUGGUGAUAUUAAGUCAUCUACAGAGAUGAGGCUAAGAAGAUUCCAGUCAGUGGAGAGUGGAGCAAAUAAUGUAGUCUUCAUCAGGACACUUGGAAUAGAACCUGAGAAAUUGGUGCAUCAUAUUCUCCAGGAUAUGUACAAAACCAAGAAGAAGAAGACUCGGGUUAUUUUACGAAUGUUACCCAUCUCUGGCACAUGCAAGGCUUUCUUAGAGGAUAUGAAAAAAUACGCAGAAACAUUUUUGGAACCCUGGUUUAAAGCUCCAAAUAAAGGGACAUUUCAGAUAGUAUAUAAAUCUCGAAAUAACAGUCACAUGAGUAGAGAAGAAGUUAUCAAAGAAUUGGCAGGAAUAGUUGGCAGUCUCAAUUCGGAAAACAAAGUGGAUCUUACCAACCCACAGUACACAGUGGUAGUAGAAAUCAUCAAAGCUGUCUGUUGCCUGAGUGUUGUGAAAGAUUACAUGUUGUUCAGAAAAUACAAUCUCCAGGAAGUGGUAAAGAGUGCCAAGGACCUGUCACAGCUUAACCCAAAGCCGACAGUGCAAGCAGGAAAUAGGAAAGAAGCUAAAUUGGAAUCUGGUGACAAAUCAAAUCAAAGUGAUGCAGUAGAAGGAAAAAAUAACCAGCAGGUGGUACCAGAGAAUAGUGAAGAGGUGGGACAGACAGAACCAAAAUCUGAAACACAGUUAGUGAAUGAGGGGGAAACUAAGCCUGAACUUGCAAGUCAAAUCACAGAAGAAUUCAAGUCAAAUGAAAAUGACCUCUCAUAGGGGAUUUUAAAAAAAGCUGGUGUUGGAGGUGAGUUUCACAACUGGGGUUCUAUGUAAAAUUAUGACUGAAAAUAUUUUUGAACUUUGUGUGCUGCACUUAUAAAUAGUGAACAAUGAUUGAGCAACUCUGUUAAUUUUGUUAGCAAUCUUUCAGCCCUUUGUGGCAGUGUGCGGUAGGCCCAUAUGCAUUUGGUGGGGUUUAUUAUUGGUGAACACUGUUAUUAUAUGGAGGGUAGGAGGAUAGGAGACUAAUGUUGAUUUCUCCCUCAUGAUUACCUUCCCCAGCCUUCCUCAUACACUGCCCACUGACUUUUGGGAGUGAGCAAGCACUAUGUAAUAGGAAAUUAGAGGGAAAUUUUCAUUCUAGGGAAGGAAUUUUUACAUGCCACAACUCAGAUGUCCCUACCAUUUUGUUGUAAAUCUUUAAAAAACAUGGAUUGUAUAGGUUAGAAAUGAAUUGUUUUGUUAAGUUUUUGUAUUUUUUUGUGGAUUUCCUUAGUUAUGCCCAUUUUAUAUUUUAUUAACAUUUGCUUGUUAAAAACAACUAAUGGUUCAAUGCUGCUGCACUAUUUGAAGGCAAGGUGUACAAUAGAAGAGGACCAUUCUAGGCUCAGAUCUACAGACAUUUCUGAUGAGUUUAGUGAUGAAGAAUUACAGUGUUCUGAGUUACUACAGUAUACUAGUGUAACAGAGCACACACAGUUUGUCUUCACAAUGAAAACUACUUAUCCAAGGUUUUUUUGGUGUACUUCAAGCUGUCCUAUUCCAUUGUGCGUCGUCUGUGGCAUAUAGUUACAUAUCUAAUAGUUGUAACUAUAAAUCACAGGCAUUUGACAAGUAAAGAUGUUGAAUAUUUUAAAUGGUUAUUGGGAUGUCAAAACAAUAAAGUUUUGUUAAAAAAGUUACAGUCAUUGAAAAGGUUUAGGAAGCAGGUUACUUAGUUGCAGAACUUACCCUGGAAAAGAAAAAUUUACAUACAUAGUUGGUGAGAAUCUACUAAUGUCAACAUUAAAAUGCCAGGGCAAGAUGCUGUAUAAGAAAGUGAAAAGACUUUAUUCUCAAUUCAAUAAAUUGACUUAUUGAUGAUAAGUCACAAGAGGUUUGGUGUAAUUAAAAAGGAACAGCUUCACUAUCUGGGUUGAUGAGUCAACAGAUUUCACGAAUAUUUAUCCUGCUAUAGCAUUUGUAAGAUUUGUAAAUGAUGGUGACAUUCAGGGAAACUUUUUCUGCUGCACAGAGCUGCCAGAAACAAAUGACAAUAUAUAUUUAAUGUAGUGUCUUCUUAUCUGGAAACCAAAGGUCUGUCAUGUUUACUGUUGGUGCAGUGGUUGGCUCCAUGACAAGUAUUGCCUCAUGAAAAAAGAAAAUCCUAAUGUUGAUGUUAUAGCAUACUGCUUUCUUCACAGAGAGCUGCUGCUAUUCAUAACAGAGAUGAAGUUCCAAACAGUGCUACAAAAAUAGUUACCUUUGUUUAAGACCUGUUCAUGCAAGAAUAUUAAAACAACAAAAACAACUAAAACCUGGACAGAGCACAUAAAUCUUCCACUACAUACCACAUCAUACAUCUAAUGGCUGAUGAGAAGAAGAGUUUUGAACAGGGUGAUUGAGCUAAAAGGUUAAUUACCAGAGUACUUAAAAUAGUAGGCCAGUUUUAAAGUGACAGGAUUCUUAGAUUUGAAAGGACUUUUGAAAAACCACAUUGUUAAGGGAGCUCUUGAAAUGUUUGCAUGGCCAACCUGACGUGAGAAUGAAGAAGGAUACCAACAAUUCUCAAGGCUUAACUAAAAACCACCUGAAAAAAAUGACAAAACCAAAUUAAACAGUACUUCCCUUUCUUUUUGGCAACACUAGUGUAUGACUGGGUGAGGAGCUCUUUUUCUAAAUCUUUUACUCAGCCUGAGAAUUUGUCUUCGAGAGAAAAGGAAUAACUCGGUGAGCUUUAGUCUGAUAAUUUCUGAAUUUCUGUGAAACGAGUAUUCUUAUAUCUACAACUUGGUGCUCACACUAAUGUACCAUGUGGGUCCCCUAAAUUUGAAAGUUAUUUUAAGGGUUCCUUCAGAGUAAAAAGAUAAAGGCUGUAAGAAACAGAUACCAAAGAGGGCUGCAGAAUAACUGUCCAGAUAGGGAAUAUUUAGAGGCUAUGAAAUUAGCUUUUGGAGAUGGAUUUAUUAAAUUUUAAAGUGCUAGCAAGUACUGUAAAUGUGAAGCCUUCCUGCACAAAUGGCUAUGUUAAAUGGCUGUUAAAUUGCCAGUGACAUGAGAAUAUAUUUUUAUCCUCUUAGUGGCCCUGCUUUGAAAGCCAGACUAGAAGGAUUUGGGGUGGGGGUGGGAGCAAAGAAAAUAGGACCUUGCUAAUGCAGAUGAGGGCUCCUCAGGCUAGAACCUCCUUAAUACAUCUUUUAAUAUUUAGAAUGCUAAUUCUUAAUGGUGUUGAAGUCAUUCUGAAAGAAUUACAAGAGCACUACUAGUAUCAUUUGGAGAAACAGGAAGGGUAAGAUUUUGGUGCCUUUUUCAGCAGACUUACUCUACAACAAAGAUACUUUUAUUUUGAUAGUGCAAGACAAAGGGAUUCUGGUAUUUAUUUUGAUUGUGCAAGACAGAGACUUGGAAUAAAAUUGGCCAUAUGCCUACAGAAUAUUUAACAAUGGAACUGGGUCCUUUUACUGUUUGAAAGCUGCUCUCUAUAGAAAUAGUCUAAUAUUAUAGGUUGUUUUCAAUUCCUUUUGUAUUUAUUGGUAUUUGGUAAAACCUGGAUGUGACACAAGCUAUUCUCCCCCAGCUAUACAGUACCAUGUUCUGUUGGAAUCUGAAUUCAUUCAUUGAAAGAUUUGUUUUUAGGUUUAUAAACUGUUUAUUUUCACUGACAUUUGAGCAUGUUAUUUUAUAAAUAAGAUUUCAGGGUGGUAAUUGAGUGCUUUUUAUUUUCCUUAUAAUUUUUUAAACUAAAAAACCAAUUUAGUUAAGAAAAAACUCCAGUUUUGUGAUUUAGUUAACUUGUUUUGCUUUAGAGAGGAAAGAGUGUUAAACUUAGUAUAUUUUAAAACAUGUUUCGCAAAGGUUAAUCAUGAUUUUCAAAUGUUAACUUGUAUUUUACUUUUGGUAUGGCCAAAUGUUCAGUGUUUUUUUCAAAGUUCCUGAUAUUUUCA